UGACCAUGGAAAAUGUAUCAGCAGUGACGUCCUUCAUAUUGACGGCAUACAUUGAACUGGAAGAUCACAGAUAUUUAUACUUCAUAUGUUUCCUUCUUUUGUACAUUGUGAUAUUAUUGGUCAAUUUAGUUCUUAUUGUAGUCAUAUGCACUGAGAAAAGUCUUCAUGAACCUAUGUACUUGUUUAUAUGUAGCUUAGCAGUGAAUGGAGUAUUUGGGAGCACAUCUUUAUUACCAUCUAUGCUUGUCUUUCUGUUGUCUCAUAGUUAUGAAAUAUCUCUGGCCAAUUGUUUGUUACAGAUAUAUUGUUUAAGCUCAUAUGUUACUGUCGAAUUUACUAUUUUAGCAGCGAUGAGCUAUGACCGGUAUGUUGCUAUUUGUCACCCGUUACACUAUCACCUCCUCAUGUCUCCUAAGAAGCUAUAUGCAGCUAUUACAUUAUCCUGGGUCAUUCCAUUCAUUUACUUUGCCCUUUUUUUCAUAAUGACUGUUCAGCGCACAUUUUGUGGCAAGAUUAUUGAAAAAGUAUAUUGUAUCAAUUUUCCUUUAGUUAAACUGUCUUGUUUUGAUACAAACGUUCAGAAUAUUUCUGGACUGGCAUUAACUUUUGUUUCACCUUUUUCUCAAAUCCUCAUAAUACUAUUUUCAUAUGGACAAAUACUCAGAAUCUGCCUGUUUGCUUCUAAGGAAUCUCAGGCCAAAGCUAUUCGAACAUGCACCCCACACUUACUAACUGUGAUUAACUUUUCUGUGGGAUGCUUGUUUGAGAUUAUCCAGAGUCGUUUCAACAUGAGUCGUGUACCUCUUAAAGCUCGCAUAUUUCUGUCCCUACACAUGGGCUUAUUUCCCCCAUUGUUAAAUCCUGUCAUUUAUGGGAUUAGCAUUCAAGCCAUUAAAAUUCACAUUUUCAGAUUGUUUAAAGGUAAAAAGAUGAGUGAAUCCCUCUCAAGGUGAUUAUGAAAAAAAAAUCUAUUCUGUCAAUUACAUUUUGUUUGUAAGGCUGUACCCUGUAUCACUUGGGUUGUCAAAUGUCAGAUUUUGGGCCAGAAUGUCCACUUGUCUAAUUAUUUGUACAGGUCUGGUUUGCAUUCCCAACCUGACAUUAUAAAUACCCAGUUGAAAUUACUGAAACCUGACUGCUAGUAUGUGACCAAUUUCUUAAAUCUCCACUGUUACAUUUUUUCUCCAAUUAACCCCCUCCCAAACCCCGGUCAGUGAACUCAAACCUCACCUCUGUGUGCACAGACCACACCCACUUAGUUUUGCCCCAACCAAUCAAACAAAACCAUUUCUAAUAGCAAGCACUAAUACUGACAGAAGUUUUUUUGU